AUGGAGAUGUUGGGAAGGUUGAAGAAGGAAAAGGAAGAAGGGAUGAUACCCAGAGAUCAUAAGCUGCAAACACCCCUGGGCUGGAUCCCACAGAUCUCUGCUGCUAUUCUGUUGUCAAUGCUGUCACAGCACGAUCUCCACUUGCCAAAGACGGCAGAGCUAGCAUUGCUGAAGGAAGUACAGCCUUUGGCUGCGGCUUACAGAGCCGUGAAUCGCCCAUCCUCACCGCGACUGCAGAACUGCCACUGCCAACAACAGCCACACCGUCCAGCUGGAAACAGGAGGUGCCCUCUUGCUCCACAGGCUGAUCUCCGUGAAUGCUUACUGUCGGCAGAGCUCACAGCAAGGGAGCCAGGUGAAUGUAGCCUGCAGACUUUUAAUCCCAGAAAUGCAGAGCAAGGUAUAAAAGGGUGGGUGAAAGCCUGA